AUGCAAGUAGAGUUCGUCGAUGGAGUCAUGGGAAAAGACGUCCCUGACAAGGCCAUCCCAAUGGCCAAAGGCAAAGAGCGUAUGCGCGACGCGUCCAUAGGCUCAUGGCGCGCACACAUGAAUGCUGUCCGAGAAAUCGUGCAGCGGAAUCUAUCUUCAGCUCUCAUCAUGGAGGACGACAUCGACUGGGAUGUGAGGAUAAAAGACCAGCUCUACGACUUCGCACUAGUGUCGCAGACACUCACACAACCCUUGCGUGGCCGCACCGGCGCAUAUGCCGACCCGACAUACCCCAAGCCAUCUAAGGACUCACCCGAGACGCCACCGGAGCUAGACUUCCACCACCUCCCCGCCACCACGCCCGCAACCACCUCGCCCUACGGCGACGACUGGGACCUCCUCUGGGUCGGCCACUGCGGGAUGCACUUCCCCUUCAAGAACGGCAAGAACGUGCCACGGAGCCGUGUGAUCCGACCGGACGACGAAACCGUCGCGCCCAAAAAAAACCUCUGGACCUUCAACAUCCCCUUCACCCUCGCCGACAAGUACCCGCCCCACACGCGCGCCUACCACCACGUACAGGAGGGGGUAUGCACGCUGGCGUACGCGGUCAGCCGGCGCGGGGCGCAGAAGCUGCUGCGCGAGGUCGGGCUCCGCGAGGUUACCGACGCCUACGACAUCCUGCUGCGCUUCUUCUGCGAGGGCACCAAGGGCCGCAAGGCCGGGCGCCAGUGCCUGACCACCCAGCCCACCCUCUUCGCCCACCACCGCCCCGCCGGCCCGGCGAGUGCUAUGAGUGAUAUUGGGAACCACAAGGGCUGGCGGGACAGGCCCAUGACGGAUAUCAUUCGGUGGAGCGUGCGGAUGAAUGCGGAUGUGCUGAUGGAUGGGGGCGCGGAUGUGGCUGAUCAGUGGCCGGAUGAGGCUAAAUAG